UCCUCUUCCUCGCACAAUAACAACAGCUGGAAGCGGCUAUGGCAGCCAUGAUGGCCGCCACAACCAUGGCGGGGCUCGACGCCCACAGGAUGGAGGAGAAGAAGUUCGAGUACUUCUCCUCCAUCAACUCCAUGGCGAAGAAGAUAAUGCAGGAGAGGGAGAAAAUCAAAGCCAUGCACGGCUCGUCCUGGGACAAGAUGACGCCGCAGGAGCAGGACACCGCCAUCGACAACGGGAUGAUGGAUCCUCAUAUCCGAGCCCGAUACGCCAUGCACAGAGUUGACCGAGAAGAAGUGGUCUGCUACCCCAAACUGCUCCUUCAGACGGGGCAGAAGAUAGUUCACUUCGGGGAGGAGGAUAUUACCUGGCAAGAUGAGCACUCUGCCCCCUUCUCAUGGGAGACAAAGAGCCAGUUGGAAGUCAGCUUGACGUCAGGCCCUGCAGAUCAGGGGAUCUCGGCCUCGCAGGCAGACUCAAAGGCUUCAAAGGCUCCUCAUUCCGGCCAGCUUGGCAAGAGUACACCAGGGACCAAGGUGUCUGUCAGUGAGGGACGCAGGCCAGAGGAGGAGUCAUCUUUCUGGAAGAUCAGCGCUGAGAGGUCCAGGCUAGAGGGAGAGCAAGCCGACUUCCAGUCCCUGACCCCCAGCCAGAUCAAAUCCCUGGAGAAAGGAGAAAAAUCCCUCCCCUCCUACCUCCGACAGGAGACCUCUGUCCCUCCCAAGGAGCCUGAGGUAGCAGACCCCCACCCUCCAGCUCCCACCAGGUCCACCAAGCAGCGAGCACCCAAACCCCCUGCUCCCCACCCUCCUAUCCCCGUCGCUGUCAGUGCAACACCAGCAUCCAUCUCCAUUUCCCCAAACCCAGCCCCGCCUCUCAGCGUGUCCUCAUCAGUCGCGGGAUGGGAGCGAUCUCAGAGCACCCUGCCGUCGGCCGGCAGCACCGUGGAUGAAGUGUUCUCCUCCAGCAUGAUGUCCAAGCCCUCCAACACCCCCAGCACUAUGGAGAAAGAGAAGGAGGAGGAUUUAUCCGGAAGCCCCACUUUUGCCCAGUUCAACACAAGCAGCAACAUCCUGAAGACUGGAUUCGACUUCCUAGACAAUUGGUAAAAAACCACAGCCAAGUCCAGUCACCGCUCUGAAUGAAUCAUUCUCAUCAUCACUUCUAAAGAAGGACCACACUGCCAUGACUACAGACAUCCACGUCUAGAUCUAACAAACACCAGUCUUUAGAAUGACCACAUUAUAUUGUUGUAAUUAUCCUCAGUGGCUUGUUAAGACAUUAUCUCACUGCCUGUGUGCUGGUGUUCCCUCUCCCUCUCCCAUAGGUUUAAAUGUCUUUAGAUUUCUUGCCAAACACCCCCCUGCCCACUAAAAGUAGAUGAGCAGGGGAUGUGCUCCCCCUGACUGUGCAUUCACACUGUGUUCAGCUUACAGUGUAUAUAUAAUAUAUCCAAUAAUCCAAUGGUUUUUAUUAGCAGACACCGAUCAAAAAGUUCCUCGUAUGACAAAGUUGUUAGCUGGUCUACACAUGUACCUGUUGAUCACGUUGCUUGUAGUGUGAGUGCACAGUAAUGGUGUGACUUGGCUGCCUUCACAUGUAACUUUCAGACACUAAUCUAGCAAGCAAAGAUUAUUUUGUACUGUUAGCAUGUCAGAUUUCCAUGUGUGCAAAACACUACAACACUCAUGCAUUAUUAUUUUCUUUUGUUUUAUUCUUCUGUUAUGAAGGUUUCGCUUUCUGAUGUGCUUUUAUUUAUACGUACCUAUAUAUUCUGAUAAACCUAAGAGUUUUAGAGUUAGGUUAGUGCUCAGUGCUGCAGUCCUGGCCUAAAUAGUGCAAUUACUACAUACAGUGUUCCUACUGGUUAUGGAAUUCCUGGAAUAUCAUUGAAUUUUGGAAGAUGUUCAGAAGGGGAAUAUCAUGGAAUUUUACCGUUGCAUCACUUUACAGAAAUAAUAGCAGAAUGUAUUUUCCAGCUUUUAAACACUUGUUGAAUUCGAUGGUUUUCAGCAAGUGGGAACUAAACUUUAACGAACUCAGUCAUGGAAAACUUGCAGAGUGAAUGUCGGGCUGCUGUGGGAACCCGUUACAGACGUCCUGUAUCGAUUUAGCAUCUCGCCAACACUUCCUCAACACCUCUCCCCUUCCCAGUUGUCACCUUUGACCUCAAACUAGUGCUGAGCAGAGCUAGUGUGCAUUUAUAAUGAAAAAAAAGAAAGAAUAAAUAAUAAUAAGACGCACUCAAUUGUGGUGUUUUAGAUAAACAGGCAGGCAUGUAGUGAUUUGUACCACUUGUGUCAUAGAUCUGAGAUCCAGUUUACAUGACUAGAGUACUAUUUUACUGAAUUUUAUAUUUAUCUGCUGAUUGUAUCUUAUGCUAUACAUGUAUAUUGCACUCAUGCAUUUUGAGGUCACGGAUUGGAAGGAAGUAAAUAAAUAAA